GGGGCAGGCCCAGAGGACACCGCGGUCUCUGCAGAGCGUCCUGCUCCGUUGGCCCAGCUGGGGCUGCGGCCGGGGAGGGGACGCAGGCGAUGGUGCCCGCGCUGCGUUACCUGGGCACUGCCUGCGGGUGGGCCCGCGGGGGUUUCCCCAGGGGCAUCCCCGCCGCGGCGUGCGGGUCCGCGCUGGGGUGGCCGCGGCCGCUGUGCCAGGGUGGCCGCGGAGCCAGCACGAGCUCAUUUGAUGUAGUCGUUAUCGGUGGCGGAAUUGUGGGGCUCGCCUCUGCCAGAGCACUCAUCCUGCGGCAUCCAGCACUUUCCAUUGGUGUUCUGGAAAAGGAGAAGGAAUUAGCUAUUCACCAGACUGGACAUAACAGUGGUGUCAUACAUAGUGGAAUUUAUUAUAAACCGGAAUCUCUAAAAGCUAAAUUAUGUGUACAGGGUGCAGCCCUCAUCUAUGAGUACUGUAACCAAAAGGGAAUUUCUUACAAGCAGGUUGGCAAGCUUAUAGUAGCUGUAGAACAAGAAGAAAUUCCCAGACUUCAGGCCCUGUAUGAGAGAGGCCUGCAGAAUGGUGUCCAGGGCCUGAAGCUGAUCCAGCAGGAGGAUAUAAAAAAGAAGGAGCCAUAUUGUAGGGGUCUAAUGGCUAUUGAUUGCCCAUAUACUGGCAUUGUGGACUAUCGUCAGGUGGCUUUGUCAUUUGCCCAGGAUUUCCAAGAUGCAGGUGGCUCUGUCUUGACCAAUUUUGAAGUAAAAGAUAUUGAAAUGGCUAGAGAAAGUCCUUCAAGAAGUGAAGAUGGGAUGAAAUAUCCAAUUGUUAUAAGGAAUACAAAGGGAGAGCAAGUUCAGUGUCAGUACGUGGUGACGUGUGCAGGACUUUACUCAGACCGUAUUUCCGAGCUGAGUGGCUGCAGUCCUGAUCCUCAAAUUGUACCAUUUCGGGGGGAUUACCUGCUCUUGAAGCCAGAAAAAUGCUACCUUGUGAAAGGAAAUAUUUAUCCGGUCCCAGAUAGCCGGUUUCCUUUCCUAGGAGUUCACUUCACACCCAGGAUGGAUGGCAGCAUUUGGCUAGGGCCUAAUGCAGUUCUUGCCUUUAAACGAGAAGGCUACAAACCCUUUGACUUCAGUGCCAGAGAUAUUACGGAUGUAAUUACCAAGAGUGGCUUGAUUAAACUGGUGUCCCAGAAUUUCUCCUAUGGAGUCAGUGAGAUGUAUAAAGCCUGUUUUCUCAGUGCCACGGUGAAGCACCUUCAGAAGUUUAUCCCUGAAAUUACUGUCAGUGAUAUACGAAGAGGUCCAGCUGGAGUAAGAGCCCAAGCUCUGGAUCAAGAUGGAAAUCUGGUAGACGAUUUUGUAUUUGAUGGAGGAGAUGGGGUUAUUGGAAGUCGCAUUCUUCAUGUGAGAAAUGCACCGUCCCCUGCUGCUACUUCGUCCCUUGCAAUUUCUGGAAUGAUUGCAGAUGAAGUACAACAGAGAUUUAAACUGUAAAUAAUGGAAGGAGCUAGCUACACGUUUUAAUCACCACAUUCAGCAACAUCCACAAGAACGUACUCAUUAAAUUCUUUAAUUUCUAAAAAAUGGUUUGAAAGUGGCAUUUUUAGUUAUCUCAUGUAAUAACCACUGAAUUGUUAAACUAAUAUAACAGAGAAAUAGUUUUUUAAAGACCAUGCUCUUUUAUUUAGUGAAUAAAGAGGAAAGGUACAGUUGUACCUGUCCUGAAUCCUUGAUUUCUUUUUGUUGUUGUUAAUCCUCAUCUGAGGACAUUUUUUCCAUUGCUUUUCAGAGAGAGUGAAAGGGAGGAGAGUGGAGGAUAUAUAUAUAUAGAGAGAGAAGGGGGGAGAGAGAGAGGGAGAGGGAGAGGGAGAGGGAGAGGGAGGGAGAAACAUUGAUAUGAGAGAGACACAUUAAUUGGUUGCCUCCCACACUCAACUGCAACUGAACCAGAGAUAGAACCUGUAACCCAAGUACGUGCUCUUGACCGGGAAUUGAACCCACGACCCUUUGCUUUGUGGGCCAAUGCUCUAACCACUGUGCAAUGCUGACCAGGACUUGACUUUCUUAAUUGACGUUGCCCUCACCAACCAUAAUCUAGAGAUUCAGCUCUUUUGGAAUUUCUGGGAAUGAUGGCACAAAAAUUUGCUUAUCCCCUUAAUCUUUUGGCUUUAGAGUAAGCUUUUUGGUCUCUUGUAGUCAAGAAAAUAUAAUAUAGAUUACAAACCUUUUAGUUUUUUU